UCUAUCUGAAAUGUAUUGAGCUAUGUGAAAUCUGAAGACCCGUCAUCAGUCGACCAACUGUACGAUGAAACUUUGCAAGUGAAGAACAUGGAGCAAUGUUGAAACCAUAGGAUUUUUUUUCAAUAUACAGGCAUUUCCAUAAAGCAGUACAAUGGAAGAUUAUAAAUACCUAUUCAAAGUAGUUCUGAUUGGUGAGGCUGGAGUCGGAAAAACAUGUCUUGUGAGGAGGUUUACUCAGGGCUUAUUUCCACCUGGCCAAGGAGCAACUAUAGGUGUUGACUUCAUGAUCAAGACAGUAGAAGUAGAUGGCGAGAAGGUCAAGCUACAGAUUUGGGAUACAGCGGGUCAGGAACGCUUUCGCUCCAUCACACAGAGUUACUACCACUCUGCUAAUGCCCUGAUUCUUGUAUAUGAUGUUUGCUGUCAACAAUCCUUUGACAGUCUUCCGAUGUGGAUAGAGGAAAUAGAGAAAUAUGCCAGCACCCAAGUCUAUAGUUACCUUGUUGGAAACAAAAUUGACCAGAUCAACCAAAUUGAAAUCCCACAAUCUAUUGGUCAGCAGUUUGCAGACCGUUAUGAAAUGAAGUUCUUGGAGACAUCUGCAAAAGAAGCAGACAAUGUUGAUAAACUGUUUUUUGACAUUGCACAUCGAUUGACUGCCCAAGCCAAACAACAGGAACUGGAGGUUGAUAAACCAGUCAGCUUCAAUGCGAAUAACACAACAAAUAUCUCCAACUGUUCAGGCUGCUUAAAGUUUUGAUAGUCCUGUCACUGAGUUUAGAAACGGAUUGCAUUAUCAGAAUGUUUGAAUGUUGAAUAGUCUCUCUCGUGAAGAUUCUAGUCUAGAAUUCUGUAUCAAGGGUCUACAUAUAGUAGACUAAACAAAAAGUACUGGUUGUCUGAGCUAAACAAAUGUAUCUAUAAUCUGCUUUGGUAGUGUACACUAUUUUUCUUCGGCAUCUGCUUCAGCUGGCUGUUUUGCAAUUCAGCAACAGAUGAACCAAUGUUGCCAAUGUAACAUAAUAGCAAGCACUCCAUUUGAUUCAGUGCAUGUAAAAUUUUUGUUUGAAUGCAUAUGACAUUCAAUUUUCCCGCAGUUUCAUCCACAUUGAUUAAGGAAAACUUUAGGAAACAGUAACUUGAAAAGGGGAAUAAGCAUUGUAGAAUAAAUGAAACUUCAUGGAUAAUUUUCACACAUUACAACCUGUUCAGAGCAUACACUGUCAUUGUAAAAUACUAUAUAUAAAUACAACUUGAUUUAUUUUACAACAACAGUGAAACAAGUCCCUUCAACUGAUAUUAUUCACACUUGUUAGCCCAUUAUGGAAUACAAAAUUAAAAUCCUGUUUAAACUUAUUGAUAAGUUAACGGUGUACAGAUACUGCCAGGCACAGAUCAACUUUCCUGUCCUUUGCUAUAUUGAUUAUAUAAAUAUUUCUUUUUUUUUUGAAUUUGUCUUCAUCUCUGUUUCAUAUGACCAAGGAAAACCAAAAUAAAAUUUCGACAAAGAAAUUUCAUAAAUAAUAAUGAAUAUGUAAACAUUCACAUUAACUAUUAUACUUUUUACAUUACUGUUGUACAGAUUAUUUACAUAUUUGUUUUGUCAGCUAGUUUUAGAACUACAAACCUAGAGUUUUAACUUAAUGAGUUUACAUGUUUUGCAGCGAUGUUACAACACAAUCUAUAAAUCUUGGAUAAUGAAGAAAAUCUUAAUUGUUAAUACCUAGAAUAAUGAUGCUGGACAUUACUUUAAAGCUGAAAAUAAUUAUGAAAUGCAAUUUUUGGAUAUCUUUGUAGAUACAGUUGUAAUUUAUCUCUCUGAAAGACUUGACUUUGAGGAAAUUUUGAUAUGUUUUGGAUUGUUUUAAGAAAAUGUUUCCGUUAUGUUAAUCACUCACUUGGAUUCCUUGUUUGAUUUAUCUUGAAGUGUUCUCUGUUUCCACUUUUUUUUCUUGGACCAGUGGAUUCUCCUUACACGAUUGUCAAACAUGUAAAUGGUGAGUUUUUGUUUAUCAAAGAGGAAACAUUUAAUGAAAAGUCAUUGUAUAUGAUAGAUAUUACACUGACAGCAAACUCAUAAGAAUGGGUAUGCCAUUUUUUUUUUUUUUUUUUUUUGUUAAUUAAUGUAUUUUUUUAACUUGUGCCAUAUAUACCCAGUAUAUACAUGUAUGUCUUCCUGUCAGUGAACAACUAAGUAUUCUGGAAAGAACAAAUGAAUUAGAAUGUUCAGUUAUAGGGUUGAUAGUGUGCUUGGAAAAUAGAUUAUUCUAUAGAAAUAGAAUAUUGCUCUUCUUGUUCAUGGUUGUAAGCAAUGACAAAAAUGAAUAACUGGACAAAAGAGAGAGACUGCAUAACAAAAUGGCUAUAGAAUCAUGAUUAUAUCUAAUUUACAUAUAUACCUAAGAGUCCCAGUUUUUGACCUGGGGCUGACCCCUGGUAGGAUAAAAUAUAUAUUUGAAGCAAUGCACAGAUUGCUAUGAUAAUUGAAAUUUAGGAUAUGAUCAAAAAUUUUUGAUGUUGAAGUUAUUUGUAUUUUUGUAUUGGAAUCAAAAGUUUGAAAUGGUUUUUGUUUGAAUAGAAUUGAUCAAACUUGUAAAAUAGGGUUGUUAGUUUAGAAGGUUAAGUAACAAAUACAUACUUACUAAUAUUAUGUGGAAAAUAUUGAUUGUUUUCAGAAAGAUGACAUGCAAGUUUGAUGAUGAUGAAUACUUUCAAUGCUUUAUGUCAAAAUACAUUAAUUCAUUUUGACUCUCAAAAUUUUGAAGUAGAUUAACCUGAUUUUGUUUAACCAUCUGACAUGUUGGAUAAUGAUGUGUUUCAGUCUUGUAUAACCAGGUAUUAUGAACAUUUGUAAGGUAAUGAAAAAAGAAAGAAAAAAAUGCAAAAUUUCUUAUUUGAUCAAGUAAUUUUUGGAAUAGUUUCAUGCAACACCUUAAAAUGAUUUGGGUUUUUUUUGUUUUUUGGGGGUUUUUUUUGGUAAAUAAGCCUGUGGUAGUUGAACUAAUGUUGAUAAUGUAGCUUGUUAAGGCUGCUGUGUGUAAUUAUUAAAAACAAAGUUUGGUUGUGCAUAUACAGAACUUAUAAUCAGCUGCUAGGGGCUGUUGGUGAUUUGUCUUGUGUGAGCAUCUAUAUGUAAAACGAUGUUUGAGAAUGUGCAUUACAAAGUUCAGCAUUAGUACAUAAUGUACUCUGUGUAUGUGUGGCCUGUGAUUGGUGGUCAGUUGUGUUAUCAGAUUGAGACUUGGCUGAAAUUCUCAACCCCACAGUACAUACCUAUUAUCUAUUGUUUUUAUGAAAAAAACUGGGAGGCAAACUCACUAAAAGCCUAGAAAGUCAAGGUAUAGGAUUAUACGUGACAUUUGCAGGAAAUUCUGUUGAAUAACAACACAUUAGGAUGGGCUUAUUACCAGGCAUUGUCUUAUUGUUAUUACAAAAACAGUAAACAUAUGGACUGUGAGGAUCGGAAUUUGUACCAAGUCACAGCAUUUCAGUGUAUUGGUUUGUUCAUAAAGUUUAAAAAUAAAGACGUUCCUAGGAUUUCCUAAUAUGGUAAAUGAGGUUUUAUCCUGAAGAGAGAAGUAUUUGUUGUAUAUAUUCUUAUUAUUGAGGAUGAAGAUAGUGUUCUGAAAGGCUGAAUUUUUAACUCGUUUUAGAGGGUUUUUUUCAUGAUGUGUUCCAUUGUUAUAACCAUUCGUUGUGUUCAGUUAUUUACCAUCAUUUCACUAGAAAUGUGUUUGUUUUAACUUUUACUUUAAAUGGUGAUGCACCAAAUAUAUCUAGUCGCAUAAAUAGUUUUGAAGUAUGUUUUAAUUAUAUGACAGCUUAUAUACAUUAAUAUUGCCAUUUCAAAUUAUAUCCCCGUUAUAAUGGAGGUAUAUUGGAUUUCAUUUCAGGAGAAAAAAAAACUAACAUCAUAGAAAUUUUUUUGAUAUAGCCAUUUUUUGGAUUCCCUCUGUGUAUUUGGGAUUGCCCUAAUACAGUGCAGACUGAAUGUUGAUCAAAUAUCUCAUUUGUUAAAACUGCAGUUAAUGCAUAGACCGAGGUUGAACUUUACUGCCAAUGUUCCUUUAGGACUAACUGUUGCCAUGCUAACUGAGACAUGUCAUAGAUGGUACGUAUUGUUAUUUUUGUGCUUUUGCAAUUACCACAUUCAUUUUAUGUGAUCUAGUCAAUAUUUAUUUAAAGCUGCAAUUACACUGCAGAUAUCAUUGUAGCCAAAUUUACCUUCUAAACUACAGACUAUUUAUACUAGCUUAUAAUAGAAACCAGAGAUAUCUGUCUCUAUUUCUGUCUCAUCGGUUUGUAUUUUUACAAGUCCUUUCUAGUCUUUAUAUAUCUUCAUGUUAUGAAGGCUUGAAAUACCACUUUAAUAAUGUGAAUAUGGUGGCAUUAAGACAUGUUUUGAUCAUGUGCUAUCCCUUAAUUGAUAGUAAUUGUGGUUUGAUGUAGUUCAAACUGUAUUUUAAUUGAGGACAUUUUCCAUUCCUUUUAGAUAUAAAUAAAAUGAAAUAUGUAAUCAUUUGAAAUCCAAAUAAAUUUUACAUGUGAGCAAGAGAAGUGAUCAAUAUACCAUUAUUAUCCUGCAAUAAGCUGAGAUGCCCAAUGACCCAGUGUAUUAAGUCUGUAUAUGGGAUUAUUACAGGAUGGUAAAAAAACAUUAGUAAUUUGUCAUUAGACAACAAUACGUUUAUAGGCUUAUUACCAGGCACAACCUUAUUGCCAGAUAAAUAUGGUAUUUGACAUUGAGGAAUGUAAACAAGUAGGUAGGUACAUAUUGAUGUACCAAGCCUGUCAACUUACUUUACAUCACUGACAAUAAAUCCCUCCAAAAUACUCAAAAUGAUAUUUCAUUUUUUAACCUCAUUAUGUUAAUUAUGCUUACUACGAUUUCGUUUUGUAAAUAAUAGAUACUUUUCCCUUGUAUGCAUGUAAUACUUUAAGUAUUUUUUACAAUCUCAUUUUACCUUAUUUCUUAUUGUAUUUUACAUUUUCACCUUUUUUACUUAGAAUUGUCUCAUUUUUUUUAUACAGGCUAACUCAGCAUGAUAUGGAAAAAUACUAGUGAAUGCUAGUGAAAGUGUUUUGAAUUUUUUAUCCAACUACAAUUUAUAAUUGAUAUUUUAUGGUGAAUCAUUUUAUUAAAUAACUUCUCAGAGAACAUUGAUUAUAGAAUCCAGUGAUAAAAUUUUAGUGACACCUUAAAUAUGAACUCCAGUCAAGAAUUUGGAAAUUUCUGUGAUUUUGUUUUAUUAUUUAAAAACCAUGUAUAAAAUAAUACAUGUGCAUGCCUAGCUACCAUUUUAAUUAUUCAAAGGAGAGAACAGUGUCUCCUAUCUCAUGAUUUAAAAGUUAGAAAUAAAAUUACUACAUGUAUUACAUUAACCAAAACAAAAACAUUGACAUUUCACAGCAUGUUUCUGAUUCUUUAGUUAGUAGAGAAAUAGAGACACAGGACUUCUACAAUGGCUUUUUUUCUUCCAAUUCAUUUUCAAUUUACUUGUGAAUUAUAGUGAAAACCUUUUUGUUUUGUUCAAAUGUUUGUGUUUGGGAUUAAAAAAAGUCAUGUUCUUUGAAACAGUGAUUGAUUUAAAUUGUUAGAUCUUGGUAAAGCAUGUACAUCAUGUGUUGGGCAUUCAUAAGAGUUAAUACCUAGUAUGUUUUUUUAUAUAAAAAGACCAACUACAGAAUGAUCAUAUAAAAGUAAGGAUCACAACAGCAAGAAAGAAUGUUAUUCACUCACAGUACAUCUAUAGUACAGAGAUUCAUUAGUAAGAACAUGCUUGAAAUUUGUUGCUUUGCAAGUCUAUCCGAUAUUGAGAUUUGUUUUAUGUCAUAUUAAUAUUAAAAUAAAGAUCAUAGACAAA